AUGGCAGCAUACGAAGAGUCUGUGUACAAAGCCAAACUGAGCGAAAAAGCAGAAAGAUUUGAGCAAAUGGUAGAGUGCAUGAAAGAUGCAGUGAAGCAGGCAGACGCAGCCAAAAAUCCAAUAGAGAUAGAGGAGAGAAACAUGCUCUCGGUCGCAUACAAAAACCAAGUUGGCGCGAGAAGAACCUCUUGGCGGAUACUGAGCAAGUUCCUGCAGGAGGCCAAAAUAGCAGAGCCUAGCAACACGAAAAACAUAGACGUUAUUGUCGAGUACAUAAAAAUAGUUGAAAAUGAGCUGAAUUACAUAUGCGACGACCUUCUUUCACUUCUAGACACGUACUUGAUCCACGACACAGCGAAGGACUCGCAAGUUUUCUUCCUGAAGAUGAAGGGAGACUAUUUGCGGUAUAAGGCCGAGAUAGCCACGGGGGAGUAUCUUUCCGAAGUCUCUGAGCAGGCAUACCAGGCGUAUCAGCAGGCGAUGGAGAUGGCUGAUGCCAACCUUCCUCCAACAAACCCGACACGGCUGGGGCUGUACUUGAACUACUCGGUCUUCUGCUUUGAGAUCCUGAACCAGAGAAAGCGUGCGAUAGAGAUGGGAAAGCAGGCUUUUGACGAUGCAAUUUCAGAGCUGGACAGUCUGACCGAAGAGAGCUACAAGGAUUCUACGCUUAUCAUGCAGCUGCUGCGAGACAAUCUUUCCUUAUGGGCUACGGAGUAUAAUGAAGAGGACACGGCGUAUUAA